GUGUGUGGGUGUGAGAAGGAGUCCCGCCUGCCCGGAGGAGCUGCUCAAGAGGGUCAAGUUUCUCGGAGACCCCCUCAAACUUCUCCCGAAGUGGGAAAAAAUCCCCCUUCGUUUUCCCAUCCUAAUUUUGAGGGGGGUGGAUUUGGAAGAUUGGAUUGGUUUCGAUAUUCUUUUCAGCCGGGACUGGGGUGGACUCCCUCCCCGAGCCAUUAAGAAAAAAACUGUGUGAAAGGAAGGCUUUUUGAAUGGGAAGGGAAGGUUACAUGGAUUCGUGUUUAUUUGGAAGAAGAAAAUUCUGAGCCUUCCCUGUGCGAAGCAGCCAAUCUUCCCGAUUUCCCGUGAAGGCAAAAACAAAAGGGAUUCUUGUGUGUGGGGGGGAGAAACAUUGAAUGAAAAGGGUUUUUUUUCCCUCCUCCAAUUUGAGGGACCCCCCUCCUGCUUGGACGUGAAAAACGGAGAGGAGACAGACCUUCAGGACGCCUUCCAAAAUGCUGCCUCUUCAGGCUUAGUCUGCAAAAAGAGAGAGAGGGAGAGAGAGACUUCUUUUGCAGCAGAGAAGUGAUUUCAGGUGCUCUCUUCCAUAGGGAGGAAAUUCUAUAUGGCAUCCGGGAUAUAAAAAUAUACUAGAGGCCUAACCUUUGGAAUAAAAAUCUGACAUCGCGCUUAAGAAGGAGGGUUGACACCCUGCACAUCUUCCAGAUUGUUUCCUUGUGCCCUGGCUGCUGCUGCUGCUUUUAAUGUCUUCCGAGAUGUCAGAGCUUAGGAGGCGAGGAGGUGGUGGAGAUCAUGAAAGAGAAAGCAUGGGGGACAAGGAUAUAGAUGAAAAUGAAAAAUUUGGAGAACAGGACGUCAGAAAUGAUUCAGAAGUUCCUGAAGUUGUCCCGGCAACAGACAGCACUCCAGAAAUUUUUAAAAGGGCUCUUUCUGGCUUAUCUUCCAGAUGGAAGAACUGGUGGAUUCGUGGAAUUUUAACUUUAGCAAUGAUUUCAGGUUUCUCCCUCAUUAUAUACAUGGGAUCAUUUAUGCUGAUGCUGCUUGUCUUAAGCAUUCAAGUCAAGUGCUUUCAUGAAAUCAUCACUAUAGGUUAUAGAGUAUAUCGAUCUUACGACCUACCGUGGUUUAGAACAUUAAGCUGGUACUUCUUGUUAUGCGUGAACUAUUUCUUUUAUGGUGAGACAGUAGCAGAUUACUUUGCUACUUUUGUUCAGAGACGAGAACAACUUCAAUUCCUAAUUCGCUACCACCGAUUUAUAUCUUUUACACUUUAUCUGGCAGGGUUUUGUAUGUUUGUAUUGAGUUUGGUGAAGAGACAUUAUCGCUUACAGUUUUAUAUGUUCGCAUGGACUCAUGUCACUUUGCUGAUAACUGUAACUCAGUCUCAUCUUGUCAUCCAGAAUCUGUUUGAAGGCAUGAUCUGGUUUCUUGUUCCAAUCUCAAGUGUCAUUUGCAAUGAUAUUGCUGCUUAUAUAUGUGGAUUCUUCUUUGGUAGAACACCAUUAAUUAAGCUCUCUCCCAAAAAAACCUGGGAAGGCUUCAUUGGUGGCUUCUUUAUCACAGUUAUAUUUGGAUUUAUUGUUGCUCAUCUUCUGGCACAAUACCAGUACUUUGUAUGUCCUGUGGAAUAUAACAGUGAAACUAACAGGUUUGUCACAGAAUGUGAACCAUCAGAACUUUUCCAGCUAAAGAAAUACUCCUUACCACCAUUGCUUCAAGUUGCUCUGAGAAAGGAAACUGUGACAUUGUACCCAUUCCAGAUGCACAGCUUUGCAUUAUCAACAUUUGCAUCUUUAAUUGGGCCAUUUGGAGGGUUUUUUGCCAGUGGAUUCAAAAGAGCUUUCAAAAUCAAGGAUUUUGCUGAUACUAUUCCUGGCCAUGGUGGAAUAAUGGAUCGUUUUGAUUGUCAGUACUUGAUGGCUACUUUUGUACAUGUCUACAUUACCAGUUUCAUAAGAGGCCCGAAUCCCAGCAAACUGCUGAAACAACUCUUGGUCCUCCAGCCAGAGGAGCAAUUAAAUAUUUAUAAAACUUUGAAAUCACAUCUCAUCGAGAAAGGAUUCCUCCAACAUCCCUGAGAGGCUAGGAGGACUGAAGGAUGGACUACAAAAGUGAAGCCUAGCCGGGAAUGCAAUUCUGCUUUUGAAGAGAGAGGUGUGUGGGAAUCAAGCCAGCCUGUGUCCAAAGAUAUGACUGUUUACGGAGGAUACUGUGAACACCCAGGAUGCCAUCAAGGUUUUAAGUUUCUUUUUAACAACUGCAUGUUUUUGCAAUAAUUUAUAUCCUUGACUUAAUGGAAUGAGACUUCUUGCUUUGGUCUUAACUGUUCUGUUCUGAGCAAUGAUGCACAUACUCUUAGUAAAUAAAAGUUAAAGAAACAAUUAGGGUGUGCGGUUCAUAAAAAAAGGUAGCCCCUCAUUUAGUGCAGUGAUAUUAAUGACACCAGUUCAGUGAAUGGCAUUAUGUAAGACAGUGUUGGUAUCUCAGUUAUUUGAUAGUAUAACUUAAGUAACAACCAAAUGGCAAUAGAAGCUAUUUUGCCAUCCCCCCAAAAAGCAGGGAAAUGGGCAAAUUUGUAACUUUUUUUAGGUUUCUCAGGUUGACUGUGUUUGUAAUGAAAAAAAAACAAAACCCAAUAGGUAUGUAUUGGAGGGGAGAGGAGUCUAGUGGAAGGGUGCAGGCUUUUAGGUUAUCUUCUCUGUGGGA